UCCUGGCGAGUCGCGCGUGCGGGCUGAUGGCGGAGCCGGGCCCCGAGGAGGAGGAGCUGGCGCACGCCGAGGUGCUCGAGCUGUUCCAGGAGGGGCUGGCCCGCCUCGUGCAGGACCCGCUGCUCUGCGACCUCCCCGUGCAGGUCACUGUGGAGGAAAUCAAUUCUCAGAUUGCGCUGGAGUAUGGCCAAGCCAUGACGGUGCGGGUGUGCAAGGCGGAUGAAGAAGUUAUGCCUGUAGUAGUGGUACAGAAUGCCAGUGUCCUGGACCUGAAGAAAGCUAUCCAGCGAUAUGUUCAGCUGAAGCAGGAGCGGGAAGGGGGCAUACAGCACAUUAGCUGGACGUACGUAUGGAGAACAUAUCACUUAACCUUUGCUGGAGAGAAAAUGACAGAUGACAAAAAGAAGCUGCGAGAGUACGGCAUCAGAAAUCGUGAUGAGGUCUGCUUUAUAAAGAAGCUUCGAAAGUGACCUGUAAGCUCCAGUUUUUCUGCCUGAAAAGGACUAAGUCCAGGUUGUUACUGGAGCAGGACCAGCCUGCAGAUUCAGCAUCUUUCCAGAAGAGAAACUUGUGGCAUUUCAAAGAGCAAAUGCAGGAGGCAAUGAAAAUUCUCUGGUAGGUUAGUGUUUGAAUGUGGUGUUCGCUUUUGCUGUGCCCUGGCUCUGAAGGACAAAUGGUGCAUUUUGAUGCUUCUCAGAGCCCUCUGAAGUUCUGUCUGCUGGAACUUGAUGCCACCAUAGGCACAACCACAAAUAAAGGACUAAGCCUAAUAAUUUAUGCAGCUGUCUUGACCAGACUUUGGUCAUGAGGAAACACACUGAAGAAAUCCAGACCACAGAGAGGCUAUAUUGAUCUUGAGCUACUGCUAGCUUAAAAAAUGGAUAUGGUGAAAUUGGAUAUUGUCUCUUAAGAAGCCAUAAACAGUGGCAUGAGGCCUUGAGCCCAGAAGAUGGGAAUCAGACCAACAGCAGCUAGAGAGCACGCAUGUAGUGAGAGGACUGGCCUGUAUGGAAAACCAAGGCUUUUGUUGCUUUUGUCCUGCCCUACCUCAAGGAGCUUGCUCCCUUAGUGAGAUAGGCAGGAUGUGAUGGCCUCGGAACAAGGAACUGGCAUCUAUAAAAGAAGAUGAGGCAGCAGUUCCAUGUUGCAGAAUGCCAGCCUGUGUGUGUUUAUUAAAUGUAAUUUAUUUAAAGAUGGUGUGAUGGGUUUGAAGGAAGUGGAAGGCAUAUAGGAGCA